AUGGCUUCCUCGUCGUCUACCGCCACUCCGGGAGGGCAUUCGUUCGAGAAACGUGCCGACAAUGUCAAGUCACCUAAGAGUGACAUCAAUGCUUUGAUUUUAGACUAUUUGACAAUGGAAGGAUACCCCAAUGCGGCCGCAAAAUUCUCCAAGGAAGCGAAUUUACAGCCACACCAAGACAAUGCUUCCAUUCGCGCAAGACAAGAAAUUCAGAACCACAUACAUUCUGGCAGUAUACAAGCUGCUAUUGAGGCUCUCAAUGAACUUGACCCAGAGAUAUUGGAUGAUGACAAGGCUCUGCACUUUUCACUCCUUCGCCUACAGUUGGUGGAACUAAUCAGGUCAUGCAACUCCGCUGGCGGCGAUAUUGGACCAGCUCUGAAAUUUGCCACAGAGCAACUGGGGCCUCGAGCCCCAACAAACCCCAAGUUCCUUGAGGAUCUGGAAAGAACAAUGGCAUUGUUGCUAUUUCCGCCAGAUGGCUUGGAACCCCAACUAGCUGCUCUCCUUGACCCAGAACUUCGUCGAGCUGCUGCUGAUAGUGUAAACAAAGCUAUUUUGGAGAAGCAGUCAGCGAGGCGUGCUGCCGCCAUUCGACAGCUCGUGAAAAUGCGAGCUUGGGCGGAGAACAGUGCUCGAGACAAAGGCAUCAGUCUGCCGGACAGGCUCGAUAUAGGGCUACGAGGGGAAGAGCAAGUUCAGCACGAUCGUCCACAAGCCUUAAUUGGCAAUGGGCAUGAACCUAUGGUAACCGGUUGA